ACCUAGGUUGCAAUAUAUCCUCCUAUGCUUGAAACCUACAAACUACAUGUCCUACAGGAAUUAACCAAUGAUUUUUCAUCUCCUGGAGAUACAUUAGAAACAAAAUAUGGUGCCAAAAGAACGUCUUACCUUUCUCUGACUAUAGUUCAUUGGACAUAUUCUAUUGAAGAGAAGUGUACACACUGAGGAUAUUCGUUUUGCAAAGACUCUGACGUGUAGGAUCAUGGACCAUCCUAGUAGGGAAAAGGAUGAACGACAACGGACAAGUAAACCCAUGGUACAAAGGAGUGCACACUGUUCCCGCCCAUCUGGGUCAUCAACAUCCUCUGGGGUUCUUAUGGUGGGACCCAACUUCAGGGUUGGCAAGAAGAUAGGAUGUGGGAAUUUCGGAGAGCUCAGAUUAGGUAAAAAUCUCUACACCAAUGAAUAUGUAGCAAUCAAACUGGAACCAAUAAAAUCACGUGCACCACAGCUUCAUUUAGAAUACAGGUUUUAUAAACAGCUUGGCAGUGCAGGUGACGGUCUCCCACAGGUGCACUACUUUGGACCUUGUGGGAAAUACAAUGCCAUGGUGCUGGAACUACUUGGCCCUAGCCUGGAGGACUUGUUUGACCUCUGUGACCGAACUUUUACUUUAAAGACAGUGUUAAUGAUAGCCAUCCAGUUGCUUUCUCGAAUGGAAUAUGUUCACUCCAAGAAUCUCAUUUAUCGAGAUGUCAAGCCAGAGAAUUUCCUGAUUGGCCGACAAGGCAAUAAGAAAGAACAUGUUAUACACAUUAUAGACUUUGGAUUGGCCAAGGAAUACAUUGACCCUGAAACCAAAAAACAUAUACCUUAUAGGGAGCACAAAAGUUUAACUGGAACGGCAAGAUACAUGUCGAUCAACACGCAUCUUGGCAAAGAGCAAAGCCGGCGGGAUGAUUUGGAAGCCCUAGGCCAUAUGUUCAUGUAUUUCCUUCGAGGCAGCCUACCCUGGCAAGGACUCAAGGCUGAUACAUUAAAAGAGAGAUAUCAAAAGAUCGGUGACACCAAGAGGAAUACUCCCAUCGAAGCUCUCUGUGAGAACUUCCCAGAAGAGAUGGCAACCUACCUGCGAUAUGUGAGGCGAUUAGACUUCUUUGAAAAACCUGACUAUGAGUAUUUACGGACACUCUUCACAGACCUCUUUGAAAGGAAAGGCUACACCUUUGAUUAUGCCUAUGAUUGGGUUGGGAGGCCUAUUCCUACUCCAGUAGGGUCAGUUCAUGUAGAUUCUGGUGCAUCUGCAAUAACUCGAGAAAGCCACACACACAGGGACCGGCCAUCACAACAGCAGCCUCUUCGAAAUCAGGUGGUUAGCUCAACCAAUGGAGAGCUGAAUGUUGAUGACCCCACGGGAGCCCACUCCAGUGCACCAAUUACAGCUCACCCCGAGGUGGAGGUAGUGGAGGAAGCUAAGUGCUGCUGUUUCUUUAAGAGGAAAAGAAAGAAGACUGCUCAGCGCCACAAGUGACCAGUGCCUCCCAGGAGUCCUCAGGUCCUGGGGACUCUGACUUAAUUGCACCUGCAGCUCCUGCCAUUUCUCAUUGGAAGGGACUCCUCUUUGGGGGAGGGUGGAGAUCCAAACCAAAAAGAAGAAAACAGAUACCCCAGAAGGAGCCAGUGUGAGCAGCCAGAACCCAGUGAGUCAGUAGCCAUUCCCACCUGCCUGCGGCUCUGAGCAGGUCCCAGAGCUGCUGCUCCUCCACUGCUUGCCCUUGGGGCUACCUGGCUGACUCUCCUCCCAUUGUUUACAGUGAAGGUGUCAUUCACAAAAACUCAAGGACGACUAGUCUCUUCCCUCCCCUUAGUUUGCUCCUGGUGUUCUUGGCCACUCUCACCCCUCUCCAGCAUAAAAGCGAGUGAACAAAAGCUUUGUCUGCCGAAGGAGCUUUGGAGGCUGGGGGUGCAGCCAAGAAGGUGGGAGGAAGAUGGCAGCCCUGGGCUGGAGAGGAACCUUCUCCACCUACCAGGUAUGUCCGGCAGUCUGGCUUCCUCUUGUGCCUGUGCAGCCUUCAUCCCCAGCUGCUCACAGGGUACAGGUUCCUUCCUCCCUCCCUCCUGUUAAGUGACACUGUAGGACACAAGCUGUGAGAAAUCUGCAGUCUGCUGUCCCCAAGCAUUGGCGUUCUUAGCUUUCUUGACAAGUGAACUGUCCUCCAGAUGGAAGAAGGACAGUGCAAAUUGGUGUGAGCAAAGGAAAAAAAAAAACUGACUUUAUUGCACUUUUAGUUUUUUUUUGGUUGUUUUUUAAAACAAAAAACAUGACAGAUGCAUAUUGUGUCUGGUUAUAUUGGGGUUUUACUUUUUCUGUCUUGAAGAGGAUAGGGCCGCCUAAGCCAUUCAGAGAGAAUAUGGGUCCAGAGGACAUUCUCAGUGGAAAGAUUUUGAUCUGCAGUGCACAGAAGAAAAGAAGCCAAACUCUAUGCCAUUCAGAGCCCUUGCACUCAGGUGGGCAAGGAAACAUAUACUUGAAUUUUCCUUCAUCUUCUCAGCUGCCGAAGAAUGUCCCUGCCAGAGCAUCUUGACCUAAUCAGCCUGCAGUUUAGAAUACUUAGCCAAGCCAGACUGUGACUCGGAGAUAGCUCAUCCCAGAGAAGUAGAUGCUUAACAACAAAGAAAUCAAAUCUCUGUUUCCUCCACUGCCAGGGACUUGUAACUGAAUAGCCAUGUGAUUCUCUGAUGACUUGUGGGAUAAAAUGAUGACACAGCUAUUACCACUAGAGGCAAAGAAGAAGGGGAACGUGAACCUGCCUUCCAACUGCCAGGGGAACCUCAGGGUGUGGUGUUAGAGGGCCAGGAAAAGAAAAUUGGUGUGUACUGUCUUCCCCAGUAGCUAAGUUCCAGCACUUGGGCUGAUCUGCCUUAUCAGAAGCCAAGCCCAUGAAGACCUUCUCCCAACAGGGCCAUAGUGGU